CAUCAAACUUCUUUUUGACAAGCGAAAAUUGUGGGUCUUUUGCUGAUGUAAAAUAGCAGACUCAUGGUCGGUGCUUUGCGGAAGGAAUGUUUUUACGGCAGAAGAGUUUUUACUAAAAAUCUUUAGCACGCCUAAAGAAACCAUAUAAAAGCAGGUGGCUCGUAUCUCAAUCCUUAGCCAUUGCCCAACCAACUCUCACUUUUCUUCUCUAUCUGCUUGCUCAUGAUGACCCACAACGAGCUAUGGUUAACUUAUCACCAAGCAUCACGCUGCAACAAGCCAGCGACCACUCAGUUGGUGGAACUUGAGUUUCAGAAUGAGAAGUUAACUGACUUGGAAGAUGUGCUCGAGCAUUUAUUCCGUCAGGGAUUCGUCGAGGCCCAGCAUCGGUCGCUGUCAUAUUGGGAGAACCACAGCGGGCAGCGUCUCAACCCAAGUGAUGCCCUGGAAGAACUGCUGACAGAAGGUGCAGGCAAAUGCCCCCAGUCUGCUCUUAGGCUGGUCAUCGCCGAUUGUCCACCUCAUGUGUGGUUCAGCUAUGUUUACACUCACAAGAAUGUGACGCCCGCCGUGACGCAGCGCGUUAAAUUUUGCCAUGCCCAGGAGGCAAAGCUGGAAAUAAUAGCCCACCUCACCAACCACAUUUUCCGUAAUGGCUAUCUCCCCGCACGAUAUCGGACGGUUGUGACAUGGCAAGGGGCUUGUGGAAGGAAGAUAGAAGAACACGAAAAGCUUGAUGCUCUGCUUACCGCAGGAGAGGGUCUCUCUGAAACUUCGCCCCUGCGUCUCAUUAUAGGUAAGACUCGUAGUUGCCAGUUUUCCUGAGGUUUUCGCUAAUGGUGUCAUAGAUGCCACCCACACGCAUGCCGAAACAUGUCAUGCAACUGGUCACUAGGAACGAGAGUUGGUGACCAUUUUAUGGAGGGAGUCGGGCUGGUAUAUAUUGCUCCUUAUCGUGCUCUGGAAAGCACUGUGACUUUGAGCUAUGAUUGGUAGUUGUGGGUGUUUUAACGUUGAAUGCCAGAUUGUGAACUGCCCGUUCGAGUUGCACGAAGGACUGCCAAUGAUCAUGGGUAAAUUGAUGGUCCUGCAUAAUUAGAAGCGUUGAAACGUUGAGGAUGUUGAGCGGAACGUUGG